CCGUUUUCCUUUGGAGCAUCGGCCACCAUAUCAGAGAGUGAUGGUUCGUCGUCGAAAGUGAGCUGUGCUUGCGGGAAUAUCGUCGACACAAACGUACCAAAAAGUUUUGUUUGUUCACUGCUGUAGCGUUUCCGCGUGCGGACGCCAUUGUUCAUUCUAUUGUUUGGCAAAGCAAGCGCCAUAUUACGAGGAACAAUAGGUCACAGUGCAGAAGGCGUUUUGCGCUUUUCGACAUCUUGUACUGCGAGAAACGUUUCGUGAAACGCAGAAAGAAAAGGGUUUUUCUUCGUUUUCUGUGCGUGUUCAUUCUGGUGUGCGAGUGGUGGCUUUGCUGUGCGCGUACGUGUUCGAACUGUCAAAUUGAGGAAAAGUUAAAAAAAAUAUUGGAAAUGUGUGCUGUGUAGUGUAAAAAGAGAAGCAGUAGCGAGAAGAGCGACUGCCAAAAGAAAAGGCCACCAUCAUCGGAAUUAAAAGAGGAAUUUUCGCUACUCGUUCGUCUUGCGGGUGCUCGAAGCUUACAAAUGUCCGCAAAAUAAGAGAGUUCCGCUGCCAUUUCCCGUUGGAUUUUACCUCGCGUCUCGUUUUAUAUUUUUUUUUUCUUCCUGUACGGUUCGUAUUACGGUAGACGAAGAGCGCAGAUUCCGGUUUGUCGGGCGGAACGAAUCGACGGAAGAACGGUUUGCUGACUAGCAGCAGGCUUUUGUCUGGUCUGGCGUCGGGACGCGGGCGAACUUGAAAAAAUCGUCUAUUUUCGGAAGUUUGUAGUAACAAAACUACGCGCAGGAGGAUUACUCCCCGCUUCAAGUGAAGGUGGAUUUAUUGCGUGUGUGAGCUGGUUGGCUAUCAAACGACAAGUAACAAACAAUACAGAAAAAUAAGAGAAAAUAAAAAAACAAACGCCAAGACAAAACACAAAUGCUGCUGAAGCAAUGACAGAACGAUUGCGACAAUCGAUACCCACUUAGAAAGAGAGAGCAGUACUAUUAAGCGAACACUGACAAGAAAGCAAAAAAAAGCAAAGCUCUACGACACACCAUCGCUGUUCUCCCCAGUCAAGUCCUUUCCCCCCUUUCACUCUCUUUCUUUCUCUCUUUCUCUUUUUCCCACUGUCCCCUGCUCUGUUGCUGCUGCUAAUUUCAACACGGGCCACAAAACUCGAAGACAAAGAACUGGUGUGGUGGUGGCCACAGGACGGAACGGAACGAAAUGAAAUUUUCCGGUGGCAAUCCGUUGUUAUUUUGCGAGCAGGUAGGAACGGUGACGUCCUUUUUCGAACAGUGGAACGACUGUGAACGGACGGUGGUUCUCUAUGCCCUACUGAAACGAGUCCCAUUUGCCAACUUGAAGUUCCUGCAGCUAUCGAUCGAUUAUAACCUUGCCCAGAACUACAGCUCCCAGAGUAAGCUGCAACUGCUGGAAACGCACGCCAACAAUGCAAACUUUUUGAACAAACUUGUCCAGCGAUAUCAGACCACCUGCUGCGGGAUGGUAGGUGCUGGAGAGACGGGGCCAACAGCCAACAUUAGUAGUAAUAACAAUAAUAACAAUAUCAACAACAACAACAACAACAAUAGUAACAUUGCCAACAACAAUUUGACCACAUCCGAUUCGGGUUACGAUUCGGAAAAGAAAAAUUCCACCUUUGAUCUGUCCUCAAUUUCUUCCUCAUCCUGUUCGUCGACAUCGGGAAUGUCCUGCGGGUCGUCCACAUCGCAAGCGACGACUACGACGUCGUCGGUAUCGUCGUCGUCGUCGUCGUCGUCUUCGUCGUCAUCGGCGGUAGUGGGUGGUGGUGGAGCUUCCGUCACGAACAAGACAGCGUCGUCGGAUCUUGGAAAACCCCCCGCUCAGUCGCAUGGUAAAAACAAACUAGCCGAAACCAAGAAGGACAUCCUGAACGACAUGCUGACGUAUCUACCGCUGCUCAAGCCGGGCAACGACGACGUAAAGAGUGUGUACAUGUCGCUGAUUCCGGCCGCAGUCGAAGAUGCCUGCCAGCAGGCGGUUCCCACCGAACUGGUGCAGCACAUACUGUCCUAUCUGCUAAUUCAUCCGGCAGUCAAUAAUGACGAUAGAAGAUCUCUCAGCUAUUGGCUGCGCCAUCUGGAGGAACACAUUGCUUCCUCGUACAUCCCGACAACGCUUACCUCAUCAACGGUAGCAGCAACGACGGCCAACAGCGUGAGUAACGUCUCCAACAAGCUGGGUCCUAGUGGUAAUCCCAGUUACUUCAUCCUGCCACCAACGGCCGCCAACUCAACGGCCAUCAGCAAGCAGCAACAGACACUUGGUGGUGGAUCGAAUCAUCCGACCCCGAAAUCCGCCAGUCAACAUUCACUACAGUUCCUCGCAGCUGGCUCGUGGAACCAUUUUUCCCAUCCACAUCAGCAGCAGCAACAAUCACAAAAACAACCGCAACCACAUCAUCAACAAAAGAGCCACAGUGGCAGCAGCAAUCAACUGUCAACUACUUCACUUAGCAUUUCCAACACGUCGCUGCUGUCCAAAUCGCAGCAGAACCUAAACCAGACGAGUAGCAGCAGUUCCAGCUCUAGUUCCUGUCUCGAUAGCACUGCCUCGCAACUUCUGAAAACGACCAACAUGUUGGUUAGUCUCGAUUGGACACCGGAAGUUCCUGGCUCGGAGGACGGAGUGGACGGUGGAAACGUUAGUAGUUGUGUCGGUGGUGGCGGCGGCGUCGUCGUCGGCAGUAUGGAAAAUAUUUCCAUGAAAGAAUUUGUUCCAGUCUCAUUCAAUUAUCACACACCGUCAGGAGGUAGCAAACCGAUGGACAACAGUGCCAGCAGCACUAGCAGCAAUAGCAACAACAGUAGCAAGCAGCACCAUCACCUGAUCGGUACUUCUAGUCAAGCCCAGGGAGGGUAUCUGGGGGGCAGCAGUGUCAGCAGUACUACGACGAAUGGCAGCAGCCUUAAUCUGAACGGUAGUGGCAAUUUGAGCCACCCGAUGGUUUUAACGGAUCUGGACUCGAGUGACGAUAAUCACCUGAGCUUCAGCAAAAAUGGGACGGAGAUUUUCGACUACGAUUGUGAUUACGAUAACGAGGAAGAAUUCAAUUACUUAGCUCGAGCGGCGGCUGUGGCGGCUGCGACCGGGGCAGCACCAGUUUCCAUUGGUGGCAACAGUUCCAAUUCCGGGGUGCUCACCGCGGCUGGUUCCGCGGUAACGUCCGGGACGGGAACGGCAGGUGGAGGUCCCAGCAGCAGCAGCAGUGGCAGCGUUAGCAACAAAAAUCGUGUUUCCUUCGAUGCUAACAUUAGCGAUUAUCUGCGAGUUCCUCCGAUUGCGGUGGGAGAUUUCGAUCUGGACGGAAGUGGUCUGCUGAAAACUCGUCGAUCCAACAGUUUGACAACCACAGUCAGUAGCGCAUGUGGACUGUCCGUCGGUGAACUUAAUCAACAGAAACAGAACAACGAAUGCCUGUCGGCGGAAAACUUGAGCAAUUUGCAGCUUCUACAGAACAAACCACGAAGUUUUUCGCUUACGAUGGAAAGUCCUCGCUCGUCGUUAACUUCCAGCGGAUCGGAAACCCGAUUGGAUGAUUUCAAGCAACAUCAGAUGAUAAAAAUGUACGGACAGCCAAACAUCGGAAUGUCCAGCAUUGCGCACUGGUUGAAAAGCUUGCGGCUACAUAAGUAUGUGUGGUUAUUUUCGAACUUAACAUAUGAGCAAAUGAUGGACAUGAAUGAGGAAUACUUGGCGAGUCUUGGUGUCACGAAAGGAGCCCGCCACAAACUGGUGAUUUGCAUUCAGAAGUUGAAGGAACGCUACGGAACUCUGGUAAGAAUGGAGAAAGAACUGCUGGCUACCGGAGGAGCCAAGGGGCAGCUCAGUGCCGUGUUUGAUGAAAUGACGAACAUCGUGCUGACACCGAUGAGACCGGCUGGACUCGAUCCGAAGGAGGAUAUUGCCGGGCAGUUUAUGAAACUGCUGGAUUUGAUCGCAUCGGUUCUGUUGGUAAGGCCUGCCUGUGGACCGCAGGAGGAGGAAUACCUGAACAUCUACAUCUGGGUGUUGGAACGGGCCUUGCACAAUGACGCAUUUGCACCGCACAUGAUGCAAAUCAAAGAGUACAAGUACAAGGCAAACAAGAUCAAGAUGCAGUUCACUCCGAAGGCACACUACGUGAAGAAUGCCAAUCUGAAUGGGAGCAUCAACAAACCGAGGUGGACCGCCACGAACAAACACAAACCGAACAACCCCAGUGAUCUGCAGAAGCCGUCACAUCGCAAGAGUUCGUUGCAAUAUUUCACUUCUCCGAUGCAACAGCAAACGUCAUCGUCUCAACAACAACAACAACAGCAAAACUCUUCCUCAUCCCACAGCCACCUUCAAGCAAUUCCACACCAGUACCCGUACGGUCACGGUCACAAUGCGAACGCGGGAACCGGUCACAACAACAACUACAACAAAAGUUCAUCGUAUCCGAAUUUCGCUUCCAAUCUAUCGAGCACUGGUGGUGGUGGUGGUGGUAGCGGCGGCGGCAGCGGUGGUUCCACUGGUGGCAGCACCGGCAGUAGCAACAUCAAACAUCAUUCCCUGCCGGGUUCAAACCAAAUUCAGGGUCAACAACAUCAACCACAACCGUCGCAGCAGCAACAACAACCGCAGCAGCAGGUUCAACUUCCACAACAAACGCAUGUUCCUCAUGGCAACUUCAUGUACCAUCGACACUCGUUGAACAAUAUUUCCGCUCAUCAGCAUCAGCAGCAGUUCAUGCAGCAGCUUCAGCAAACCCAACAACAACCCCAGCAGUCGUCCGCUUUACUGCCGACGAUUUAUUUAACUACAACAAUGGGUGGUGGUCCUCCGACCGGUGGUGGCAAAGCCAAAUCCAACCCGUCGACCGAAACCGUAGGGACGAAUGAAAUCACGCAGCAGAAAUCCUCCUGCCCUAGCACAACGGAUCUGCUCGGUAGCAAGAGCCAAAACAACAGCAUCGGUGAUAUCAACAGUCGGUUGGAGUUUCUCUGUCUGCAAAUGACCGAACAAGCAAUCAACUAAAAAAUCGAACCGGUUGAUGCAUGAAUAGUGUGGUAGUAGCAAUUGUUAGAACGUUAUUUAGUUUAGCGGAAUCGCUCGCCUUCGUUGGUCUCGCUGGCAGUUGCCAGAGUUUGAAAGAAGAAAACAAAAUUAAUUGAAAAAAAAGAUAAUACAAUUCACUCCAGGUGAGGGAAACGAUUGAACCAUGAUGAUAGUCAGCUAGCGCGAUGGGCUGCUGUAGGGUGGGAAGGCCGAACAUCGACGACAGAACCGUUUUUUCAAUUCUUAACGCUCUUAAAAUUAUUAGGCUUUAAAAAGACGAAAGCAGACACAUGAAAAACUAUUUCGAAUAACUAUAUCUUAUAUCCUAUUGAGCACUCUCAGAACAUGUUUGGAAAGCAAAACUGUGUUUAAACCAAUUUCCUAGAGGCAACUUUGAUAGUUUAUUUUUUGUUUGUUUUAGAACUUUGACUCUAGCUAGACAAGCGGCAGAAAACAACUUGAAAUAGAAGCGAUUGAAUGAAGACAAGAAAAACAAAAUGAUAGUGAAAGCAAAACAGAAAAAAAAUCUUCAGUGAAAGCGGGUAUUUGAAAGUGGUAGUAUUUUUGUUAUUACAUAUUGUUUUAUAUUUUAGCGUUUUUUCUUUCUAACAAAAUUUCAAGAAAUUUUACUAUUUAUACACAAGAAGCAGACAUAAAUCCCUUUUUUUCACUUCAUUGAAUGAAAUAAAAGCGAAGGAAAUGUCCCCUUGACAUGACACACAAACAUAUGCUUGAACCGCUAGAGUGCGAAAACCUCGGAACCUCUAAAUCGAAGAGCCAGACGCAGUCAAAAUGAAAACAAAAAAAAAAAAAAAGAAUGGAAAACUACUUCGACAGCAAAACGAAACGGAAAUGUGAUUGUGAUUUUGUUCUUCAAGGAGUAUCAUGUACUAUUAUUAUUUGUGAUUGUGAGAUCAAAACACCCGCCACAGAACGGAAUCAAUUAUUUAUUCGAGCGAUUGUCUGCUGAAAACAAAAAAAGAAAACAGAGGAAACAAUUCGCACCUGUACUAAUCUUAUAUAGCUCUUAUUGGUGUGUCACUUUAAUUGUUACAAAAAAGAAAAGAAGGAGAAAAAAAACAAAGCGGAACCAUUUUUAGGGCAGUAAUAGAGCCGUUGCAAAGAAAUAUAUUUUCUUAGUUGAUUAUUUAUUGUCUCGUGAGCUCUGUAUGUUGUGCAAAUAAAACGAAACAAACACGUCUUACGAUUUGUUUUUGAGCAAAAUAAAAAAAAAUACCAAUGGAUCGAGCCAUUUCUGCAAACUGAGCCCCCGAAUAAAAGUUUAAACAGAAAAACCUUACUACACAAGCGAGAAGAUAUGUUCAAUUGUUUAAUUGUAGAUCAAUCAAGCAGAAACAUAUUCUUCAGCAAAGUAUAGAUGACGAAGAAGAAGAAAACGUGAAAAAUUUAACCGGCGUUGUUAUAUAUUUAAUAAAAAAAAAGUAAACUAUAUUCUGUUCCGUCUAAUUUCCUUGACGCUUUCCGCGCUGAGCUAGAUUGCAUAUUCUACAUACAGUUGUAAGUACUCCUAGUUCGCUAGCAAAUCUCGAUCUCCGUAGAGUUCGUGAAUUACAACGGCGAAAUUGUAGCGUUCGUAGUGUAGUGUUUACGCGGAAUUGUGUAUUUGCUUACAAACAACAAACCACAACAACAACAACAACUAACUACACUAGGGCGACAGAAUAAGGCAUGCUAAACAGGCGUGGAAAAUCAACCAGUUUUAUGUAGUGCAGUUUUUAUUAUGAGAAAUGGAAUAAAACAAAUCUAGUAACGGAAAAUAUUUAUUUUUAAACUGAUUAA